AUGAUUGAGAGUCGCAAUGAUGAAGAGCGAGCCAUCUAUGUUGCUCCUCCCUUGACUGAGGAUGGAAUUAUAGAUGAGGAGCAUGAUAAUACGCUACCGCAUGUCCUCAGUGUCGAAGCCAACGACCAGGAAGCUGAUGGCACAAGCUUUCGUAUGCCGGUCUGGCUAAGAGAAUCAUCGUCUUCUUUUCAAUGGCGCUGGAUUCCUCUUCCACUGCGCAAGGCUGGUCGGGCCACAGCUCGUUGGGUCAAAGGUCCGGAUCCGCCUCAUGACUUGCUGUUUCAGCCAUUGUUUCCAAAGUUCCAGGAGAUACCUGUGAGGUUUUUGGAUACAUACGCUCCUAGAAAGGCCCACAAAGUGGUUUUGCUUCUUUUUGUAUAUUUUAUGUGGCUAUUGCCAUGGUUUCUUAUUAUUCUCAAGGCCAACACAUCCGGCAAUAUUGAAGGCUAUGGUCGUCCGCAGGUCAUAUCAUGUGUAUCAAGCUUUUGGUCUCCUGGAAAUAGAUGUGGGUUGAAUGGAAAUGACUGCCGGCCUUUUGAUGCUUCUCAUUUCGCAUUCCGUUGUCCGGCUAAUUGCAAAUCGGCCAUCCUGCAACAAGAGAGAACCGUUGGCAACCAGACACUCAACUACCAAUCCCUUGUUGUCGGUGGACCAGAGCCGGACUCUUCUGAGCCUGGUAUCUAUCGAGCAGAUAGUUUCAUUUGCCAAGCUGCAAUCCAUGCAGGUGUCGUUAGCGAUGCAAGCGGUGGUUGCGGUGUUAUGAAACUACAUGGCGUCGCACAUUCAUUCACAUCGUCUAUUAGAAAUGGAAUAACCUCAACUGGGUUCCCAUCUACAUUUCCAAAAUCCUUCUAUUUUCUUCCACUCACGGACUCACAAGCUACAUGUCCUGCCGACCCACGAUGGCCAUUGCUCGGGAUCACCGUUGCUGCCGUCGCUCUGAUCAGUAUUUUUACACUGUCAUCUGGUGUUUUCUAUUUUAGCACCUUCGGGUUGCUCAUUCUUCAUGUCGGCGUGGUCUCUGACCCUCCAUACUUCCCCUCACUUGCAGAACUAUUCUCCAUCUUGCUAUCGCGUCUGCUUCCGGCAUCAUUUAUAGCAUACGUUCUCUAUCUCUACGCUGCCCGUCCACUUUUGCAUCGGGUAUCACAUCCGGGAUACCAAAUCGAAAAGACAAUACUUUACUUGACUCCUGCAUUUAUCGGUGCCUUGAACAAUUACACAUUCGCUCUUUGGAUACCCCUUCAGCGUCUGACACCGCACGACUUGGAAAACCAGCCUGGUGCAAAGACUGCACUUGCAACGGUCGUUUCUAUCAUUAUCAUUAUUGUGCUAAGUCAAGCAUGGCUGAUUCGCCAAGCAGGCUUAAUGCCGAAAUACUUGAAGGUGUACAUAUCAUUUGUGGCCAUCCUUCUCUUCUUGCUGGCAUUACCUGGCCUCCGCCUUCGAAUUCACCACUACAUCCUGGCAAUGUUGCUCAUGCCAGGCACAGUAAUUCCAACCCGUAUAUCUUUCAUUUACCAAGGGCUGCUUUUGGGUCUGUUUGUCAAUGGUGUUGCACGAUGGGGAUUUGCUUCUAUUGUCGAAACCCCUGCAGCUUUAGGUGAAGAUCCUACUGGCCCUGGCGGAUGGUGGGGUGCUUCAUAUCCGAACAUUACCAAUGCAUCUGUCUCUAUUCAUCUCGACAAUCCGUCUUCGAUGCACCCACUGUACAACGCCGUGACCGACAGUGACUUCGCCUACCGCGGCAAUGGAAAUAUCACGUUUCGGCUCUGGGAGCGGGAACGUAUGGAGCGUCUCGGUGUUGAUGGUAUCAGCGUCCUAUUGAAUGACGUCGAGCGCUGGAGGGGCUAUCUAGAUGAAGAUCGAAAAGGGAAGUUUACAUGGCGUCGAGAAGGACAUCGCGGCUUGGAGCUCGUCAACUACGGCCUUGAUAACCUCGAUCUACAAGACGUUGACGACGGUGAAGAAUCCAACGAUGGCAUGCUAUCCUUCACAGUCCUCAAUGAUGAAUUGCAUCCGGGAUCUAUGAUUGAGCAAGCAAGAGAUGAAGACGAAGACAAGCCCCAAGAUUUGUUCUUCCGUUUUGCGUUUUUGAGAGGCUCUGAAGCUGGCCAUUAUGGAGGAGCAGGCGUCUGGCUUAGGGAUGGAAGAUGGAUUGAUCCUCCGCCACAACAGAAGCAGGAUCCAUAA